AUGUUGAUGGAUAUUCUUUUACCAACAUUAUAUUUUAAAGGUAUUGUCAGAGAUCAUCAUCUAUCAACCUACCCAUCAAACCCAUAUCCAAUAGCAAUAUCAUAUUCAAUUCGAAAAUCAUUCGUACCCAGAUUCCUUGAGAAUGGAUGGUACUCACUCUAUUAUAUUACCUUCUUUUUAUUUGGAUCUUACGUAUAUAGCCAAGAAUCAUGGUCAAUAUUCCCAACAAUGAAUAUCUGGUUAGGUUGGCCAAUUCAACCUUUUUCAACAUUAUUCAGAACAUAUUACUUAUUAGAAUUAUCCUUCUAUCUUCAUUGUACUAUUGCACUCUUCUUUGAAACCAGAAGAAAGGAUUUCUAUCAAAUGCUGACACAUCACAUUGCAACCUUUUUCUUGGUGGGAGCAUCGUACUGGUAUCGUUAUCACCGUAUCGGUAUUGCUAUUCUUUGGAUCCACAAUGUCAGCGACAUCUUUUUAUACAGCGCAAAGGCACUCAACUACAUUCAGAAGGAGACAAAGGACCAAGCACUCUACAUUUUAGCCGAAUUUCUAUUUGUCAUGUUUGCCGUCACUUUCCUCAUUAUGAGACUCAUGUUCUUACCAGGUGUCUUAAUUAGAACAACAUUUGAAGAAGAGGAAGAGAAUGAAAAGACACCAUCACACCUCCAAGAUGACAAGAGUAGUACGAAUAACCAUCAUCAUAGAAACAGCAACAACAACAACAACAAAUCACCAAAAUCUAAACAACAAACAAUUAACAAAAAGAAUAACUAA